CCCAAUGCCCAGUACUCAGUCAUCUAUAUUAAAGCCCUGCUGACUGAGUGCUCAGCUCUUACUGCUGUUACUGCCAGGAAGAGGGUGUGGACUUAACUGGCUGGUUAAACAUUCCACUGCCUAAAUACAGAACCCUUCCUUUCUCUCAUUCAACAGCAAACUGACUCAGACCACAGAGGAUAGCUACUGGAUACCAUAACACCAUGGCUCCCCAGUUGUUGCCGUUGUUGUCGCUGGUCUCAACUCUCUACCUGGUGGCCCAGGGACAGGAGCAGCCUCAACCCAUAGAGGAGGACCCUAUCACAGCGAAGAACAUCCAGCUUCUGGGUGGCUGGUUCAGCAGAGACCCAGAGAGCCUGGAGGUGCAGACCACUGCUAAAGCUGCUGUGGACCACUUUAACACCCAGUCUAACGCCAAGAAAUUCUUCAGACUGAUCAAUGUCAUCUCCGCUGAGACUCAGGUGACUAACAUGAUCAACUAUAGGAUCGAGGUGAUCAUCGGGAAGACCAAGUGCCUCAAGACAGAGCACAACUCAGAUGUGGAGUCCUGUGUUCUGGGGAAAAAGCGCCUGACAUGUACGUUUGAGGUGUGGUUUAACCCUCGCAAUGAAAAGUACGAGAUCUCCAACUCCUCUUGCCAAAAGCAAAUCUGACUCCAGAUCAGUUUCAACCAACAACUACAUGAUCUGUCCUCUUCCUCCUGUAAUAAGUAACACUGACCCUAGACCAGUCAUCACCGUCUACUGACUACCUGAACAUGACAAUGACUAUCUACAGAGUUACGCUACAAUGAAAUGCUUCAUCAAUGAAUGACUUGACUUUUCAAAACUGCUUAGAUUUCUUUUAGGAUUUGAUGUGAUUUUGUUUCUAAUAAAAUUGUUUUCAACUGACAUUA